CAUCUCUUCUCUUCCACCCAACUAAUCGUGACGACUUAAACCACGGCCUGGCUCUUGCCUCUUAAUAUAUUUCUGAUGUGAUAAGAAAAAAAUUAUAAAAAUUUAUUAAGGGAGCCAAAAGUCUACAGUAGAGAAUUUCCAUCAAGUUUCCAAGCUCUAAUUAUUUGGUAGAAUAUUCUAAUCUUCAUCAUGAGUGAUUGUAUAGAAAUUUAAUUUUUGCAAGUUGCACUGAUUUUUUUGCCCAAUCUGAUGCUAUAAAAGCAUGAUAAUAUUUAUUUUUUUAGCAGAACACCAAUUAAGAAGUUAAUUUGCAAUUUAGAAGAUGAAAGCAUAUGCAAUUGCACUCAUAGUCUGUGGAUCUGUGACAGCAGCUCUAGUUUUAAUUUUUUGUUGUUUUUGCAAAAGUGGACGAAAGAAAAAGAACCACCCUGUGAUUGGUGGUUCUCCGGCGCCUCCUCCUCCGCCUUUACAAGCGAAUCGCGAUGUUGAAAAGGGCGAAAUUAAACCCAAGGACAACACAGCGAUGAGAGAUGGUGGAAUGGUUACUCUAGGUGCUGCUGCUGCAACAGUUGCCACAGCGGCUGUUAUCACCAGUGCUUACAGUGGAGGAGGAACGAGUGGUGGCUGUGGCGGCGGUGGUGGUGGAUGUGGAGGCGGAGGUGGUGGCUGUGGUGGUGGAUGUGGAGGCUGUGGAGGUUAAAAGCAGAGGUGGAUGCAACUUUACGGCCUCAUGACUUUCAAAAUUAGUAAGAACUUUAAAAGUCGAACUGUAAUCCGCUCCAUAUAAAAAAGGAGUAAAUAAUUUGUUUGUAUGUCUUCUACAGUAGGAUACGUCUAUAAAUAAUUUUACUUGCCAUGA